CGCCAUCAAACGUAAACACUGUUGCGUCGAUUAUUUUAGAGUCGUCAGCUGAGAGAGGAAAACAGAGGAAUAAUACAACGAAAUAUUCACUGAAAAUUAUCGAAUUUUGAAACUAAGUUUGAUUAGUUUUGCUGAAAGACGUCUAAAUACUGUUAAUACAGAAUCACAGAAUUAAAGAAUUACUGCUUAGAUCAAGACAAGAACACCCUCCACUAGCAACCGAGAUAUAUAUAUACAAGAUCAACCUUCACUAAACACUGAGAUACCUAGACACAACCACGUCACCACUAACAACUGAAGCAGCUAGAUCCACCCCUUGUGCCAAUAUGUUCAGCAGUGUGGCCAACUAUUUGUUUGGAUCCUCCCAGCCUGAAGAGGAACCUGUUAAAGAGAUGGAGCUGGAGACAGCCCCCGCCAAAGAUGAUGACUGGCUAAUUGUCAAUGUACAAGAUAAGACUACGUGUGUCACUGUACCAUCAAUAGGUCGUGUGUAUGGGCAUUCCCCCUAUAAUAGUGACAGCGACACUGGUGUGGGCCAUGGCACGCCCAGCUCGUCUGGCGCCUCCACGCCUAACUCCAGGUUCUUUCUGCGCAUGCAUGAAAGUUGGAUUUUAACCCCACCUCCUUGUUUUACUGCAGGCGGCCCUUCAUCGCAGGUUCCCAUGUCAGAGAUGGAGAACCUUCUCAUAGAACACCCCAGUAUGUCUGUGUACAAUAGUCACUGUUCCAGAGGCAGUUCAGGCGAGGACAGCAAUCUCUCCGAGUCUUCCAAUGAUAAUUUCAGCAAUGUUGUGGCCAAACGAGGCCUCCGUCCAAGAAACAGUAAAGGACAAGUUGUCCGACAGGCUCCCAGGCGGCCUAACGCAGUGGCAGCUCGCUGUGGAAUUCUUGCUCAAGCCGAGGCCUAUAGGUCUGCUCAGCGGGUCAAACAGUACAAGGAAACUCGUAACCUCUCCAAUGGCAGCUUAGAUAGACACAACAAGAAUAUGAUUCGUAAUGGCAAGAAAUACAGUCAGAAAAACAGAAUCCAAACCCCAUCAGCACGCACCUUCAACAACAAGCAGAUGAAGCACUGAACAUUUUGCCAAAUAUAGUCCCUUACACCUCUGAUUUUAAAUAUAUCUUUGUCAUUUAUUUAUAUCCUUUUCCAGAUUUUGUUUUAGUUUAGGUGAAUUGGGUAAAAUUAUGCUUGAAACUGAUUUAAGUAAAAUUUCCAUAUUCAUAUUUCUGCACAUUUUAAUUGUGUCAAAGACAAGCAUUAAAUUUUAUCACCUGUUGUGUUGUAUGUAGAUUGUGGUAUACUAUAAAAAUCAUUCCACUGUUACUUGGAAUGUAAAAAAAGAAUUGUUAGAUAAUGUUUUAAGUUAGAUGUCCAAAAAAAAAAGUUUGUUGUUAUGCCUUGUAUAUAUAAUGUUAUCAAUAGUGAAAGACUAACAUGUGUAAAAUACCUCAUAUUUUGAUAUGAUAACAUGGUAAUUGCUUUUCUUGCAAACAUUUAUUGGUGCAUGAGUUUUUAAUAAUCCAUUGUUUUGUUGGGAAAUUACAAAAAAACUCUUUUAAAAGUAUUUAUCCACCGAAUGUUUAUAAACUUACUUUUAAAAUAAUAGCUACAAAUGUUUUUCUUGUAUUUGAUCUUAUACAUGUUUAUAUAUAUAUGAAUAGAAAUGACCUUUUCUUUUCAAUUUUUAAGUAAAUUUUAGCAAUUGUUACCAGUUUCAAGUCUGUAAAAUGUAAAUAGUUACGUAACAUUUUAUUCCAUCAGCAUUUUAUGUGCAAUACCUGAGUUAAUUUACCCAUAGUAACAGAACUACUAUUGUAAAUACCGGUUACACACUGUUAAUGGUUGCCUAUUUACCUGGUAAUAUGUUAAUGUUUCUAAGAUCUCAGCUCAUACAAUGUAUUUAGUGGUCCCUUAAAAAUCUGAUUACCAUCACUAUCUAUCUAUGCAAUGUGUUUUAGGACCAUCUAUCUUAUGGAACUGAAGAGCCUUUUUUGAAAGAACUUCGUUUAAUAAUUGUUUUACUAUCCUUUAUAAUGGUGCAUGCUUGAAAAUGAAAUUCCUUACUCAGGUGAAAAAGAAUGCAGUGUGAAUGAAAAACCAAAGAUAAACAGAAUUAUGAAUGAGCUGCAUAAACGUUUGCAGAAGAAUAGCAACAAAUAAGUAAAGUGGUAUCUGAAUUUUAGAAUAUGUUAUUUUAAAAGGGAGAGAGAGGAUAUCUAGUUAAGCAAGCAGUGGAUUUUUUUUUGUUACUGCCAUAUUACAAGAGUUGGAUUGAGGAAGUUUCUUCACUAAGUCUUUAUUUGGUUUGUUAAUUUUCAAAUUCCUAAUUAAAAAAAAAAGACACCAUUGUUAUUCAUUAUCAUAAUAAUCAUCAUAUUUAAUAUGUUAAAAUAUAACACACAUCCUGCUAUUAUGCAUUGGUAUCUGAUGUUUAAAUUAUUUUACAACUGUUGAUUUAUUAAAGAGUUUUUCUUUUGGUAUGAUUAGAAUCUCGAAUUUUUAUCAAUUUCUUCUAAAGUUGUAUUGUGGAUUUAAAUGUGAAAUGAAUAGACUAAAUGUGAGAUGAUGUAAUAUUCGUUAUUUAUUUUGUGCAUUUUAUUGCGAUAUUAAAACUUGCAUUUUUAAAAA